GGGGCGACGCGGCCAGACAGACGGGGAGACGCGGCGCCGGCAAGCUGAGUGGCAUUUGGUUGCAACUUGGCAGCGCGAGCGCGCCUCCGCCCAGUUACGCCCGAAGGUUAAAUUUAUCAAGACAGGAGUGAGCGUCGUGCCGUGCCGUUUGCAACCGCCAUCGCCAUGCCCGUGGGGAUUCGCAUCCAGUUCGACAGCCCCUACGCCACGUACUAUGCGGGGCAGACCGUCACGGGGCGGGUCUAUGUUAGUGUCGACAAGCCCAAGAGGAUCAGAGCUAUUACCUUCAAUAUAAAAGGAGAGGCGCAAGUGAAAUGGCAGGAAUCCGAAAACAAGAAGGAUGCUCAAGGCAAGGAUUACACAGAUUACACCGAUUUUACUGCACAAGAAACGUACUAUGAAAACCAGUAUUAUUUGUUUGGAAGCGCCAAUGGUGAUGUUGAGCUAGCUCAAGGUGAAUACACCUAUCCAUUUUCAAGCCAGAUUCCACCCACUGCCCCCUCUUCCUUUGAGGGUGAAUUUGGGCACAUUCGCUACACUGUCAAAGCAACUCUCGACCGUCCUUGGAAAUUUGAUUCUGACGCUAAAGCGGCUUUCACUGUGGUCGCCCCACUGGACCUCAAUGGACUUCCUCAGGCUAAAGAACCUGUUGAGUUUGAAAAGAGCAAAAGCUUUUGCUGCCUUUGGUGCAAAUCUGGACCACUUACUUUGACUGUUAAAUUACCAACAAGUGGCUAUGUGCCUGGUCAGACUAUUCCUUUCCAAAUUGAAAUUGAAAAUGGGAGUAAUAUUCGUGUUCGGCCAAUCAACUGUGUACUACGCAAGGAAGUGACAUGGCACGCAAAGAACCCUUACAGCAAGACCAAUAUAACAAAGACAAAACUGGCAGACUUGGCUGUGGAUGCCGAGGUUUUGCCUCACAACUCUGCAUCCUUUUCUCAAGAUCUCACCGUGCCUGCCGUACCGCCAUCAAAUUUGGCCAACUGUAGUAUCAUUGAUCUUCAAUAUGUGCUCAAGGUUGAGGCUGUUGUUGGUGGCUUACACAAGAACUUGAGCGCACGGAUUCCCAUUGUGAUGGGGACCAUUCCACUUCUGACAGGGCCCACAGCUUACAAGCCUGGAGGCAUGGUUGUCCAACCUUCGCAACCUGUUCCCAACCCGUCAUCUCCAGCAGCUCCUGCCCCAACUCCAACACCAACCCCUGCUCAGCGAGAUGUCUCCCCUGCACCUCCUGUCGGUGGUGGAUGGAAUCUCCCUGCACCUGGGGACCCCACAACGCCUCCAGCAGCCAAUGGCUCUGUCGCACCUAGCGCUCCUCCACUAUACCCUCAAUUGCCACCUCCAAGUUAUGAAGAGAGCAUCUUUAAGGGGAAUACAAUCAAGGAUGCAUCUGAUAAUGAAUACACCAUGGGUAUCCAGGACUUCACUCCUCGCUACCCUGUGUGGUCCUUUGGCCCUGUCGGCCCAGACAGCCCUGCUGCCGCUCCGCCAAAAAAAGAAGCCUGAAUAUGAGAAGUCCAGUCGAGUUCAGAACCAAUGUGAAGUUGCUUUGACAAUAAUUUGCCUUGAGCUUUUGAUUGCUUUGUGAUAUUGUUACAGAACAUAUGAAUUUUCAGUUUUAUACCUAUUUAUUAUAUUAUUGAAGGUUUAUGUGAUGUAAAAGUCAAUCUCAGAUCUGAACCCAGUAAAAUUUUUGUCUUGCUGGGAUAUUUUUUCAUGCACAAUUUUCUUUACAGUAGUUUGCCUGGCUUUGUACAUUACAUUUUUAAAAUCUCUUUAUUUAUUUUUAACUUGUAUUUUUUACUAAUUAGAGUGAUUAGAGGAAUUGUUGGCAAUACUAACAAAAUGCUUUUGCUAUGUAGAUAUUUUUAUCUGUAAAAUUGGUUUUGGAGACCAACAUUUAUUUUAUCGUCAUUGACAGCUUUUCUGAGCUGUGCUUUUACAACUACAAAUAAUUUUGAAAAAUGCAUUGUUAGCCUGUUUUUUAGGUACCUUGUCAUUCUUGUAGCCACUCAAACUAAGAUUUUAUUGCUAUGUAUUCCACAAAUGUCUUGCACAAAUAAUGUGGCAACCAAUUCUUGAAUAUUUUUUGAUAUUUUGUUUUUGUUACUGAUGCAGUGAUAAGACUGUUCAAGCGCUGUUAAUUGUGGCAAGUGUAUCACAACAUAAAGUAGAUCUGACACUGUCAAAGCUAAA